UAUAUCGAAUGUUUCGUGUGGAAAAAAAUUGAAGUCUUUAAUUUGGCGAAUUCAUUCGUUUACUUUGCGUUUAUUUUUAGCCUUAGUACUUUCGUUUGAUACGUUUGCUACCAAGUAUUUCUACAAACUAAAAAGCGUUCAGGAACUCAAUUUGCAAUUGCAAUUUCGAUUCAUCAACUAUUCAGAGUGAAUAAAGAAAAACCUACAUCACACCUACAAUCAUACGUGUUACGUGUACAUACAUAUGUCUUGGUUCCCAUCCAUUAUCAACAGUUUAUUAAAAAAUUAGAACUGCGAGCACUUCACCACUAAAAAUCACCUGAAAAUGAACGGUCUGAGCAGUAAUGAUGACGCUGUCGAGUGCCCUUUGUGUAUGGAGCCGCUUGAGGUGGACGAUCUGACCUUCUUUCCCUGUACCUGCGGAUAUCAGAUUUGCCGUUUCUGUUGGCACAGGAUCCGCACGGAUGAGAACAAGCUGUGUCCGGCAUGCCGCAAGGAGUAUCCAGAGAAUCCAGCUGAUUUUAAGCCGCUAUCGCAGGAGGAAAUGAUUGCCUUCAAGUCCCAGAAACGCCAAAGGGACCAGCAACGAAAACAAAAGAUCACCGAGAACCGAAAACAUUUGGCCAACGUUCGUGUGGUCCAAAAGAACUUGGUGUUUGUUGUGGGCUUACCGCCUCGACUUGCCGAUGCAGACAUACUAAAGAAACACGAGUAUUUUGGUAAAUAUGGGAAAAUUCAUAAAGUCGUUAUAAAUCCAAGUACCACGUAUGCCGGCAUAACGGGUCCAUCUGCGUCUGCCUACGUGACAUAUGUUAACAACUCGGAUGCUUUGCGGGCCAUUCAAAGCGUCAACAACAUUAUGAUAGACGGGCGGCUCAUAAAGACAAGCCUGGGGACAACCAAGUACUGCAGCCACUUCAUGAAGAACCAGCAGUGUCCCAAGGGCGACUGCAUGUACUUACAUGAACUGGGGGAUCCCGAGGCCAGUUUUACAAAGGAGGAAAUGCAUCAGGGAAAACACCAGGAGUACGAGAAGCGUCUGCACGAUACUCUUAUUGCCUCAUUCGGACCGAAUACAGCAGCCGCGAUUCCAUCGUCAUCGUCAGCGUCCUCUUCGUCCUCGGGAUCAGGCACGAAUGCCUCGAGUGCAGCCAGUGCCCAGCAAAAGGAGGCCUGGCCCAGUUUAUCGGUCUCGCCGAUCAAUGGCCGCGAGGCGACUGCGGGUGCGAACAAUUCCAGUGGGAAGAGCAAGCGGGAGAAGCUGCGCAACGAGAAGAGGCACGAGAAGAACAAGGCGAAGAAUAAGAACAAGGAGAACUACGUGCCCGAAUCGCGGGGCAGCACAAGUACUGAGACAUUCGCCGAGGCCACAGCGGAUGCACCAGCCACCACGAAGGCUGAGCCGCCGCAGAGUUCUUCUAGCAAUCGGGCGAGGGCCGAUCGCGGAAAGGAUCGGGCCUCCAAUGGAAAGGAACAGAAGAAGGGCAAGGAAUCUGCUCCAGCUCCUGCUCCUGCUGCUCCUCCAGCCGCCGCAACGAAACAGGCCGAGAGAAUCGAGCCGAGCGAGAGUACAAUAACACAAAAGAAGAAGGCGGAAGUAAUCGAAAGCUGUGAAGAUAGUUUACCACAAAAGAGAUUAGCGGGAACAAAUGUUCAAAGAUCUGUGAGCUCGUGUAGCGAAACUAGCGAAGGUCAUGUCUCGGAGAGUAGCUUAAGUGAAAAGAGUUUACCUGGUGAUUAUGCGGAGGAGAAGUGCAAUAGUGUGAAUUCUGAGAGCCAACCAGAAAGUGUGAAGACCCAGGAGGACGCCGAGAAGAGCAACGAGGCUAUUGCCGAGGCUGAACCCGUUCUGACCGCCUCCAAAUCCUCCGAGGACCUUAGUCCCGCGGCAGUGGAGCCUAGCAAUGGCAAAGAUGGAGGAUGCUUGCCCGAAGAGCCAGUCGAACCGCCGAGCCUGGCGGAGAAUGGAAGCAGAAUGACUGAUGCGCUGUCUAAGCUCAACAUUUUCGACGACACGCCCAGCUUCUUUACAUCGCCAUCAUUCCAGCAAGUCCCCUUAAUAAAGAAUAAGCUAGAUUUGGAAAUGCGGCAGUCUCAUUUACCAGACUUGGUCAACGAUAUUGAUGGAAUCCAAAAGGCAUCAAAUACAAACGAGUGGGAAGAAGCUUUCAAAAAUGUGAUGAUACGCAACACUAGGCAUGUGGAGGAGCAGCUACUUCAGCAGCAGCACUUGCAACAGCAGCAGCAGCAUCACCACCAGCAAGUAUUGCACCAACAGGAGGAGUUCCUUCGCAUGCACGAAUUACAGAAACGCAACAACUUUGCGACAAAUAUUUCACAAAUGAACGGUCCUGCAAAUGAUAUCCUUAGCCAUUUCCAGGCUAACAAUCUCGAUUUUAAUAGAGUUCAAGCCCAUGCACUCCUGCAGCAACAACUAUUACAACAGCAGUCGGGGGAAAAUCUGUUUGGCGGCAACAUGUCGAAAUUCUUUGAUUUUCACAAAAGUCAGCAGCAGUCACACCAUCAGUAUCUUAAUGGACACCCGCCUCAAAUCAAUGGAAACAGUGCUGUGCCUGAGCCACAACGCGUGGCGGCCUUCUUGGAAAACAAUCGACUGAAUUCGCCUUUUGUCGAAAAUGGACUUAUUAAUUCACAACAGCAGCCUCAAAAGAGGAUGAUGGGAAUGUUUGAAAAUCUGCCACCAAACACGCAAUCUCAACAGAGUCGGUUCACCCAGAACUCUAUAGUCGACGAUGACUUAGGUUUUGACCCCUUUAUUGAGACCCAAAAAGGACUUGCUGAACUUAUGGAAAAUGAAGUUGUUCAACAACAGAGUAUUAACAAUGAAAACCCCGUUCCGAAGCUUCCGCCACAGCCCCAAAUUCCCCCACAUCAGCAGCUGGUGGACAAUAUGCAGCGGGCUCGCAUGCCGCCGCCAGGCUUCAAUCACAUGAACACCCUGGGCUUGGGCGGAGCAUCCAGACUGCAGCAGCACACUAGCAAAAUGAUGCCCUUCAUGAAUAUGCCCGUCAAUGGGGUGGGAAACAACGGCGUUCAGGGGCAGCACCAGGUACCAAUGGGUGCCAACUGGAAUGCUCACUUGGCCAUGCACCAAAACCCAGGACAGCCCGUGGGCGACUCACAAUUGCAGCAUCCGAUGGCUCACAACAAGGUUUACAACAACAGUGAUUGGACUUCAAUGGAUCCGGCUAUACUUUCGUUUAGACAGUUCUCCUCCUUCCCACAAAACCAAAUUCCCCCACAUCCUCAACAACAGCAGGAUAUGUUUUUGCAGCAUUUGGCUCAACAGCAAAAUUCCCAGAGUGGUAUGUUUGCUAAAGCGCUUGAUAAAUCAAAACGGCCUAUUAAAUAAAAGCCUUGAUCUUUUCCAGGUUUCAACAAUCAGCCACAGCAACUGCUUCCUAUGGGGAUGCCCAAUAAUUUGCUGAACGGACAACAGUCGCAGCCGCCACAGGUCAAUGCCAAUGUUCAGGGCAUGCUUGAGUUUUUAAAAAGCCGUCAAUUCGUUUAGCUACAAUACAUAUAAAUAUUACAUUUGUUUACCUGUACUCUUUAUUAAAUAUUUCUUAAAGUAAAUAUAGGCAAAAUAAAAUUCGAAUAUAAUGAAACAACAUGAUACAAAAGACGGUCCAGUGAAAUUUUGCAUAGUGAAAGCAUUUGUGGAGCCGGAAC